AUGGGUUGCGUCGGCCUCGAAGCCUUAGGUCUUGUCGAUCGUCUCCCAUUGGCUGGGCCUGGGUUUCGCCCGCCGCAACUGGCUUAUCCUUCCCCACCCGGUCGACGUCGAGCUGCGUCGUCCGAAGCUGUUGGCGUCCCAAGAACGCAUACAAAUAAGACUUGCACGGUGCAAAACAGUCCCAAACGGCCAUCACGCCCAGCCUAUGGCACCCUCGGCCGAGGCGCAGUCUGCCUUAACCAUCCGGCAUCCCUUCUGUUGUUGCGCCUUGCGAGCCCUGCGGAUUGCUCCGUCUCACCCUCUCCUUUCUUUUCCCAAGGUCCGCCUGCUCCCAUUGCUGCUGAUUGGGCUCGCCGGUGGUUUUGUUGUUCGUCCGCCUCAGUGGCCUUCUUGGGUCCGCCCUGGCAUGACGCGUCAUCCCCACCAUGUUUUCCACACUUUCCGAGCUUCAAAAAUAGCUGCUGGCCACCACCAGCAUAA